AUGUUUAGAUUAAGCUCCUUGAGGACUGUGGCAAGACCCACGUUAAGAAAUAUAGCAGCAACUCCACAAAAAUACACCCCCAAUUUAAUACCCUUACUGGUCAAGUACUUUUCCUCGACCCCAGUCACAUGUAAAACCAACACAUCAACCAGAACUAAAGAGAACGUUCACGAUUUGGAAACAUUUUUGACUCUUAUCGGGCGCAACUGCAUUGAGCAUGCAGAAGCAUUUGAAAAUGAUUUGGAAAAGUUCCUUAACACAUCAUCUAAGGAGAUGAAGGCCUUGGGCAUUGAUAUCCAGACUAGGAAGUACAUGCUUAGAUGGAUUAACAAAUUUCAAAACGAUUUGGAACCAUUGAGAGAACACAGGCAAGGCAAGAAAAAGAAUGGAGGUGAAAGAAACAGCAAGGAAGUGUUGGCAAAGAGAAGAGCGUUAGCUAGAUUAGAAGACAGAGAAAGGUUCGAAAAGGGCGAGCUUGAAGCUGAAGACAAAGGAGAAAGAGUCUUUUAG